AUGCCUACUGAGACCAACUUCAACAGAAAGAAGCAAAACUACAAGAUAUAAAAGAGAAGAAAGGAUAGAAUGAAGAAGGCUUCUCAUGGUUAACCCACUGUUGAUGCUAAGGUUGCUAGACAGAAAAAGCUACUUGAAAGAAGAGAAAGGAAAUAGUAAGAAAAAAAAGCUUUAAAGGAGGGCAAGAUGCAAAUCGAUAAAUGA